AGGCUAUCGAAGAAGAAGAACGUGCACCUCAUGUGGCUAUCCCGGGAGGCCGGCAUGGUCGCGACGUUCGAGAAGCAGCUUCGCCGCGUGAAGAGCACCGUGCACCUGACCGGCAAGCCCACCGACAAGACCAAGCAGCGCCUCACCGACCUCCUCGCCCAUUCCAGCGCGCCUCCUCCCGUCGGAACCGGUUCCUCCUGCUCGGACCCGACCGACUUGGAGGCCGGCUUCGCGGCGGCGAGGUCACGGAACGACGACUUCGACGACGGCGCGUACGGUGCCGGGGGUGAGAUGGAAGACCUCGGGGGCUGUUCGUCCAAUCGUCGAAACCGCUCUUCCGCCGCCGGUGGCAUAAGCGGCAACAGAAGCAGCAGCAGCAGCGGCGGCGGCGGCAAGCGAUUGCGAAGAACACCCUUCGGAAAUCCUAUCUCUCUCAACUUCGGGAGGCCCGACAUCGAGAAAUUCCUUACGGAGAUCAUUCAUGGCUCUUCAACAUCUUCAUCGCAGCUCGAGGAGUGGGCCGCAACCGGUGGCCCGCCUGGAAAAAUCGUCGGCUCCGCCGCGGUAGGAGACUCAUGGCAGCCGCAGCAGAGCUCGUCCAAACCGCGGGCAUCGCCACCUCCGUCGACAGGGAGGCAUGCCGAGAGCGAGCGGGAGUACUCAGAGACCUCGUCAAGGGUGCGGACGGAUGUAAGAAAGAAGGUGCUGGCCAGGCUUAACACAAACCAGCGGAUCUCCAAGAGGGACCUUAUGAGCGCCGACCUGUCGGUGGUCCCUGGAAAGGCCUCCCCGCCGGGUGUUCCGCGGUCCGGCCGAGUUACCGCAGCGGCGUCCGACAUGGGAAGCCCCGACGGUGUCAGCGGCGGCGUUGGCGGCGGGGGCGGCGGUGCCUCCGGCGCCGCUUGGGACCCGCGCACGUGGCUUGUCCUGUACUGCGGAGCGAACGCCAAGGUCGAGAAGGCGGUAGAAACUGCCUGCGACGACCUUGGCGUUACCUGGAGGAAGGAGUACUUCAGCGCUUGGUGAUUCCCUCCCUCCUGACGCUGUUCUUGCCGCACACGAUGGAUCAUGUUGGCGUCUUCGAGGCCCCCUUAAUAGUAGUCGCCUAGUCUUCCGGUGCACUCAUAUAACGCCACGUUUCUUGCCGAGUGCGUGUUUUUGUUGGCAACUUUUGAGAGUGAACACCCGUCUACAGUACAAUAUUUUAUUGUCGCUUUGUCUUUUUCUUGGUGCACUGUUGGGGUGCAUGUAGCACGCCUCUGGCUGUUUGUCGGUGAAGUGCUUGUUUUUGUGUCGUUGGCGGUGGCUGACUCGCGCGUCGUGCUGUUGGGGGGAACCCCGUGUUUUUGUUCGUUGGUGCUUGAGGAGGGGGUGUACUCAUACUC